AUGUUGCAGAUUUACCGAUUUGUUACAACUCAAGCAAGGGCCAGCAGAAAUUCUCUUUUGACAGAUGUAAUUGCUGCUUAUCAAAGAUUCUGUUCUCGACCCCCAAAAGGAUUUGAAAAAUACUUUCCUAAUGGAAAAAAUGGAAAAAAAGCUAGUGAACCUAAAGAAGUUAUGGGAGAGAAAAAAGAAUCAAAGCCAGCCGCUACCACACGCUCUUCUGGAGGAGGAAGUGGUGGUGGUGGAAAACGAGGUGGCAAGAAAGAUGCUUCUCACUGGUGGUCCAGGUUCCAGAAGGGUGACAUUCCAUGGGACGACAAGGAUUUCAGGAUGUUCUUCCUCUGGACUGCUGUGUUCUGGGGUGGAGUCAUGUUUUACUUGCUGCUCAAGAGAUCUGGGAGAGAAAUCACUUGGAAGGACUUUGUCAAUAACUAUCUUUCAAAAGGAGUAGUAGACAGACUGGAAGUCGUCAACAAGCGUUUUGUUCGAGUGACCUUUACACCAGGAAAAACUCCUGUUGAUGGGCAAUACGUUUGGUUUAAUAUUGGCAGUGUGGACACCUUUGAACGGAAUCUGGAAACUUUACAGCAGGAAUUGGGCAUAGAAGGAGAAAAUCGGGUGCCUGUUGUCUACAUUGCUGAAAGUGAUGGCUCUUUUCUGCUGAGCAUGCUGCCUACGGUGCUCAUCAUUGCCUUCUUGCUCUACACCAUCAGAAGAGGGCCUGCUGGCAUCGGCCGGACAAGCCGAGGGAUGGGCGGACUCUUCAGUGUCGGAGAAACCACUGCCAAGGUCUUAAAGGAUGAAAUUGACGUGAAGUUCAAAGAUGUGGCUGGCUGUGAGGAGGCCAAGCUAGAGAUCAUGGAAUUUGUGAAUUUCUUGAAAAACCCAAAGCAGUAUCAAGACCUAGGAGCAAAAAUCCCAAAGGAUGCCAUUCUCACUGGUCCUCCAGGCACUGGGAAGACGCUGCUAGCUAAGGCCACAGCCGGAGAAGCCAAUGUCCCCUUCAUCACCAUUAGUGGAUCCGAGUUUUUGGAGAUGUUCGUUGGUGUGGGCCCUGCUAGAGUCCGAGACUUAUUUGCCCUUGCGCGGAAGAAUGCCCCUUGCAUCCUCUUCAUCGAUGAAAUUGAUGCGGUGGGAAGGAAGAGAGGAAGAGGCAACUUUGGAGGGCAGAGUGAGCAGGAGAACACACUCAACCAGCUGCUGGUGGAGAUGGAUGGUUUUAAUACAACAACAAAUGUCGUCAUUUUGGCUGGCACCAAUCGACCAGAUAUCCUGGACCCUGCGCUGCUUAGGCCGGGGCGUUUCGACAGGCAGAUCUUUAUUGGACCACCAGACAUAAAAGGAAGAGCUUCUGUUUUCAAAGUUCAUCUCUGACCACUAAAACUGGACAGUACCCUGGAGAAGGAUAAAUUGGCAAGAAAACUGGCAUGUUUAACUCCAGGGUUUUCAGGUGCUGAUGUUGCUAAUGUCUGUAAUGAAGCUGCGUUGAUUGCUGCAAGGCAUCUGUCAGAUUCCAUAAAUCAGAAACACUUUGAACAGGCAAUUGAGCGAGUGAUUGGUGAACUGCUCUACAUUUGGCCUGUGCCAGUGGCCAUGUGA